UGGACUUCAGCUUUGAACGGAAUUUCACCAUUUUACCUAACAAAACCCUACCUUUCUCCCCCUUAAGGCCAUUUGUUCUUUCAGCAGCGCCGCCCACCCCCUUCCCCCGAAGCAGCAGUGAUCACCGGCAAUGGGUAUCGAUUUGGUCGCCGGCGGCAAGAGCAAGAAGACAAAGCGAACUGCUCCGAAGUCUGAUGAUAUCUACCUCAAGCUCCUCGUCAAGCUUUACAGGUUUCUAGUAAGGAGGACUGGGAGCAAAUUCAAUGCCGUGAUUUUGAAGCGGCUUUUCAUGAGCAAAGUCAACAAACCGCCAUUGUCUCUCUCGAGAUUGAUUCAAUACAUGAAGGGCAAGGAGGAUAAGAUUGCUGUGGUAGUUGGGACCGUCACCGAUGACAUUCGAGUGUAUGAAGUUCCGGCACUGAAGGUUACUGCAUUAAGGUUCACUGAGACGGCGAGGGCAAGGAUCGAGAAGGCCGGUGGGGAAUGUUUAACGUUUGACCAACUUGCUCUUCGAGCACCUCUUGGGCAGAACACGGUUCUCCUCCGAGGUCCAAAGAAUGCUCGUGAAGCUGUGAAGCACUUCGGACCAGCUCCUGGUGUGCCACACAGCCACACCAAGCCCUACGUGCGGUCAAAUGGAAGGAAAUUCGAGAGAGCUAGAGGAAGAAGGAACAGCAAAGGCUUCAGGGUUUGAGUUCACCACUAUCAACCUAUCAUCACCAAAAUGGGUAUUUUCCCUUUUUUUUUUUAGUGUGAUUGAACAUGUUUUUCUUUUUUGGAUAUCCAUCCAUUGUUUCCAUUUUCAGAAUUAAAUAUGAGAGAUUAUGUUGCCCCGUGUUAGGGUCAGCUAAUAUAAUGGUAACUUUACUUGGAAUCUUAGAUGUUUUGCAAGUAUUUUGCAGAUUGUUUUCAUCUGGGUAUAAUCAAUUUGAUCUCAAGCAAGUUGAUUUAUUGAGCAAA